AUGAAAAAAUUUACGCCCGCUGCACAUCACCGCACAUUUUCAACUUCGACUGGUGUGCGUAGUCAGUUUUUGCCUCUAAGAAACCCAUUCAUUGCCAAAUUGCAUCUCGGUUGUGUGCGAACGCAUUUUGAGUCCCAACGCGCUCAGCUCUUGCUCUCAACCAAAACCUACUUGGGAAGUCUUCAAUCAAAAUGCGUGCUAAGUGGGCCAAGAAGAGGA